CUGCGUCAAUGUUUUUGAAGGCCGUGACUAGCCAACGUGCUAAUCUAACAAUCGGAACGUUACACAGAUUUCCAUAAUCAAUAACCUUUGGAUAGCGGUUUUUAUCACUUUGUACACCACCUAACUCGGGGUCCCAGAAUGUCGUUCCCACCUCAUUUAAACCGGCCGCUGCUGCCUCCUCCUGGGAUGCCCCCUCAGUUUGCUGGCUUCGCCUCAGGAACUCCGAUGAUCCCAGUUCACGUGGGCAUCAUGACCUCCACCCCGACAGUAAUGGUGCCUUCUGUGUCAGUGGUCAGUAAGCCUCCGGUCCCCAAGAAGGACUUUGCUGCCCUGCGAGUCAAAGACAAUGAUGAGAGCAGCGGUCCCACCACCACAGUUUUUGUGGGGAACAUAUCAGAGAAAGCUUCAGACAUGCUGAUCAGACAGCUGCUGGCGAAAUGUGGAAUUGUUCUGAGCUGGAAGAGAGUCCAAGGAGCCUCUGGCAAGCUUCAAGCCUUUGGGUUUUGUGAGUACAAGGAGCCAGAGUCCACGUUGCGUUCACUGCGGCUGCUUCAUGACCUGCAGAUUGGAGACAAAAAUCUAUUGGUGAAGGUGGAUGCCAAGACUAAAGCUCAGCUGGAUGAGUGGAAGGCCAAGAAGAAGACUGUGAAUGGGAAUAAGAAGGCUGAAGAUGGAGGAGAGGAUGAGGAAGAGGUUCUAGAUGAGGAGACAAAGAAGAAGGAUCAGAUAGUCAAAGGUGCUAUCGAUGGAUUGAUGCGGGAAUAUGCUGCAGAACUCAACGCGCCUUCACAGGAUGAGGAAUCCCAGCGACGAAAGAGAAAAAAGGAGAAAAAAGAAGAGGACGACAUUAACACUAUUGAUAUGGAGGAGGACAAGAGAGACCUGAUUUCCAGAGAAAUCAGUAAAUUUCGUGACACUCACAAGAAACUAGAAGAAGAGAAGGACAAGAGGGAGAAGGAGCGGCUGGAGUUUGAGCGGGAACGGAGGGAGCGGGAAAAAGAGCGAGAGCGGGAAAGAGAGCGGCGGGACCGCGAGAGGGAGAAGGAACGAGAAAGGGAGCGUGAGAGGGAAAGGGAGCGAGAGAAAGAUAGAGACAAAGACCGUGACCGCAGGACCAGAGAAAGAGAGCGAGACCGAGACUGGGAGAGGGACAGAAGCCGCGACAGGAGCCCCAACCGCAGUCGGUCUAGGGAGAUGAGUCGAGACAGAGAAAAGAAACGAGACCAAGAGGAUGAAGAGGAGGCGUAUGAACGCAGGAAGCUGGAGAGGAAACUCAGAGACAAGGAAGCAGCCUAUCAGGAGCGUUUAAAAAACUGGGAGCUCAGGGAGAGGAAGAAGGCACGGGAUUACGCUAAGGAGUCUGAGAGAGAAGAUGAGCGCCGACGAGAAAUGGUGAAAGAAGGCAAACGCCUGAAAGAGUUUCUUGAAGACUAUGAUGACGACAGAGAUGACCCUAAGUACUACAGGGGCAGUGCGCUGCAGAAGCGUCUCAGAGACCGAGAGAAGGAGAUGGAGGCGGACGAGCGUGACAGGAAGAGAGAGAAGGAGGAGCUGGAGGAGAUCAGACAGAGGCUGUUAGACGAGGGACAUCCAAACCCAGACGCAGAGCUACGCAGGAUGGAGGAGGAAGAGGAGGAGCGUCUGAGACAACCACCCAUCAUCCAAGAACCGGAACCCGACGAGGAGCGGGAACGCCACAGGGGUUCACGAGACCACCGGGACCGCCGACAGGACCAGGAGAGAGCAGAGGCCCGCUCACGGCCUGUCCACUCAGACGACGAGGUGGAGGAGGGUGAGGAAAAUGAUUACGAGAAUGACGAAGACAACCCUGACGCAAAACCGUGCUUGAAGCCCACGAUGCGGCCCAUCACAGCAGCACCCUCAGUGUCCUCGGCCAGUGGCAACGUGUCCCCCAACACACCCGGGGACGAGUCGCCCUGCGGCAUCAUCAUCCCCCACGAAAACUCACCCCCCGAAGCCCUGCCACAGGAGGAGCAGCGGCCGAAGAUUGGCCUCAGUCUCAAACUGGGUGCCACAGGAAGCCCCAGUCAACCCAAUGUAGGUAAGAGGAAGAAGCUGCCCGUGGAUAGCGUCUUCGACAAGUUUGAUGACGAAGAGGCUGAUGAACAGCCUCGCAAGAGGAAGCUGGUGCCCCUGGAUUACGACGAUGACAAGAGCCUCGGGGUGGACGGAGCCGGGCUCUCCAGCAUAAAGGGGGCCAACACCGAGGAGAAACGCAAACACAUCAAGAGUCUGAUAGAAAAGAUUCCCACAGCAAAGCCUGAGCUGUUCUCCUACGCGCUGGACUGGUCUAUGGUUGACACGACGUUAAUGGAACGACGUGUUCGGCCCUGGAUCAAUAAAAAGAUUAUUGAGUACAUCGGAGAGGAAGAGCCAACGUUAGUGGACUUUGUCUGCUCCAAGGUGAUGGCUCACAGUAUGCCACAGAGUAUCUUGGAUGAUGUUGCUAUGGUUCUUGAUGAAGAGGCUGAAGUCUUCAUAGUGAAAAUGUGGAGGUUACUCAUUUAUGAAACUGAAGCCAAGAAGAUCGGACUGGUGAAAUAAGCCAAACAACCACUGAAUGAAGAUAAAAGUUUUUUGUUUUUUCCCCCCAUACACCAUGUAUAAUAGUGUAGCGCAAUUAUGUCACCCCCAAACAAAGCGACUUGUUCACACCAGUACAGACUGGAACUGCAGAUUCUGCUCAUUCUCACAUUUGCACCAGUUGUUCAGCUAAUGUUUAUUUUUAUUUUUUUCUCAACAAACUGAGGCUACAUUUGCCUCCCCUCUGUUUGCAGGUGCUGACUGUGUCGGUGUGCUUUUGUGUAUAUACAGUACAUCAUUAUUUGACUAUGGUGAUAUAAUUCUGUGAGGAAACUGCUGCCAUACACCCAGGACCAGUGUUUCCAGAUAAGGUCUCUUGGUCCUAUACUUUUAUUUGUAUACAUGCCAACACAGACUGAAGAGUCAUCUGCAGGACUGCUACAAGCAGUCUACUGGUUUCAUGAACUUUUCUUUGAAGUCUCUAAGGUGUAAAAUCUGUCGGGCAGUCGGAUGUGGGUUGAGUGGACACAGACUUUAGAGUAUGCAUAACUACAAGGAUGUGAUAUUUUUACAGGGUUAUUUAUUCAGGGUUUUGGACACAACUACAUUUAUUUCUGUCGAGUUACAUUUUCCUUCCUAAUUUUUUCCUCAUCACAUUCCUGACAAACGUGUUGGCAUGUUCUCGUCCUCAGACCGUCUCAAAAGCACCUAGUUGUCAUUUGAAAUGCGUCUAUCAGUAUCUUGGGUGGUGACAUCCCUGCAGCUGUAAAAAGCACACACGUCAUAACCACUAUAGGAACAUGAGCUAAGAACAGGAAAAAGUGAUUUCAAGUUGUUGAAGAUGCUCUCCAUUUGUUUUUGUAUUGGUGAACAUUUGAAUAAAAUUGAUUUUUAUAUUG